CGUAAUUCACUACCGCCCGGUCGCAGGUCACGUGACUGCGUCUGCCCGCCCUUUUACCCCGCUGCCUCUAGGUUCUAGGAAGAUGGCGAAGGUUUCAGAGCUUUACGAUGUCACUUGGGAAGAAAUGCGAGAUAAAAUGAGGAAAUGGAGAGAAGAAAACUCAAGAAAUAGUGAGCAAAUUGUGGAAGUUGGAGAAGAGUUAAUUAAUGAAUAUGCUUCUAAGCUUGGAGAUGAUAUUUGGAUCAUAUACGAACAGGUGAUGAUUGCAGCCCUAGACUAUGGUCGAGAUGACUUGGCAUUGUUUUGUCUUCAGGAGUUAAGAAGACAGUUCCCUGGCAGUCAUAGAGUCAAACGAUUAACAGGCAUGAGAUUUGAAGCCAUGGAAAGAUAUGAUGAUGCUGUACAGCUAUAUGAUCGAAUUUUACAAGAAGACCCAACUAACACUGCUGCCAGAAAGCGUAAGAUUGCCAUUCGAAAAGCCCAGGGGAAAAAUGUGGAGGCCAUUCGGGAGCUGAAUGAGUAUCUGGAACAAUUUGUUGGAGACCAAGAAGCCUGGCAUGAACUUGCAGAACUUUAUAUCAAUGAACAUGACUAUGCAAAAGCAGCCUUUUGUUUAGAGGAGCUUAUGAUGACUAAUCCACACAACCAUUUAUACUGUCAGCAGUAUGCUGAAGUUAAAUAUACCCAGGGUGGACUUGAAAACCUCGAACUUUCAAGAAAGUAUUUUGCACAGGCAUUGAAACUGAACAACAGAAAUAUGAGGGCUUUAUUUGGGCUUUACAUGUCUGCAAGUCAUAUCGCUUCUAAUCCAAAAGCAAGUGCAAAAAUGAAAAAGGACAACAUGAAAUAUGCUAGUUGGGCAGCUAGCCAAAUAAACAGAGCUUAUCAGUUUGCAGGCCGAAGUAAGAAGGAAACCAAAUACUCUCUAAAGGCAGUUGAAGACAUGCUGGAAACAUUGCAGAUCACCCAGUCUUAAGGUUUCAAAAACUCUUUGACAUUAGAUUUCACAACUGCACAGUUGAAAUUAUUGACCUGUGACUUAUUUAACUAAAUGCCCAGUGCUAUUUAUAUUCUAAUUUUCUGUGAAGAGGCAGUUGUAAAGAAUGUGUUUAUAUAAGCCUAAAAAUGCCUUUUACUACUAAGCAGGGAGAUGGGGGAAAUCCAUGGAAGAAAGAUAUAAGACCUAUUGAUUGUACAUCGGUCUUUUCAUAUCACAUAUAUAACUGCUUUUAAUCCACAAUCUGAUGUAGAAAUAAACCUUGUUAAAUAAACCAUGAUGAUUUGUUAAACUUGCA